UCUCUGUCCUCUCUUCGGGCGAAACUGCAUUCCUCUCCUCCUCCGCUCGACUCGCCGGCCGAGUUGAUCCCCGCGAUCCAGGUUUUGGUUAAUUCCACAUCAUGGCCACUGGACAACUAUUCUCCCGCACCACGCAAGCUCUUUUCUAUAACUACAAGCAACUCCCAAUCCAGCGCAUGCUUGAUUUUGACUUUCUUUGUGGGCGGGAAACACCAUCAGUUGCAGGUAUUAUCAACCCUGGUUCUGAGGGAUUUCAGAAGCUCUUCUUUGGCCUGGAGGAAAUUGCUAUCCCGGUUCAUUCAACCAUUGAAGCAGCGUGUGCUGCACAUCCUACUGCUGAUGUUUUCAUCAACUUUGCUUCAUUCAGAAGUGCUGCUGCUUCAUCAAUGGCUGCUCUAAAACAGCCGACUAUGAGAGUUGUAGCCAUUAUAGCUGAAGGUGUUCCAGAGUCUGACACCAAACAGUUAAUCGCAUAUGCUCGUGCAAACAAUAAGGUUGUAAUUGGCCCAGCUACUGUUGGAGGCAUUCAAGCUGGUGCUUUCAAGAUUGGUGACACUGCCGGGACUAUUGACAACAUUAUUCAUUGCAAGUUAUACAGACCUGGAUCCGUUGGUUUUGUCUCUAAGUCUGGAGGCAUGUCUAAUGAACUUUACAACACUGUUGCCCGUGUCACUGAUGGAAUCUAUGAAGGUAUUGCUAUUGGAGGUGAUGUCUUCCCGGGUUCCACUCUCUCUGACCAUGUACUGAGGUUUAACAAUAUCCCUCAGGUCAAAAUGAUGGUUGUACUUGGGGAACUUGGUGGACGAGAUGAGUACUCCCUAGUUGAAGCUUUAAAACAGGGGAAAGUGACCAAACCAGUGGUGGCUUGGGUUAGUGGGACUUGUGCACGACUCUUCAAGUCAGAAGUGCAAUUUGGUCAUGCUGGUGCAAAAAGCGGUGGGGAGCUGGAAUCGGCACAAGGAAAGAAUCAAGCACUCAGGGAGGUGGGGGCAGUUGUUCCUACUUCAUAUGAAGCUUUGGAGACCGCAAUCAAGGAAACCUUCGAGAAACUGGUUGAAGAAGGAAAGAUUUCUCCAGUUAAGGAAGUCACACCUCCACAGAUCCCUGAGGAUCUUAACACAGCAAUUAAGAGCGGGAAAGUUCGAGCUCCAACUCACAUUAUUUCAACCAUCUCUGAUGAUAGAGGGGAAGAGCCAUGCUAUGCUGGUGUACCAAUGUCUUCCAUCGUUGAACAGGGACUUGGUGUCGGUGAUGUAAUCUCUCUUUUGUGGUUCAAACGCAGUCUUCCUCGAUAUUGCACUAAGUUCAUUGAGAUAUGCAUAAUGUUGUGCGCUGACCAUGGUCCAUGUGUAUCUGGGGCCCACAACUCCAUAGUCACAGCAAGAGCUGGAAAAGACCUUGUUUCGAGCCUUGUAUCAGGCUUACUAACAAUUGGCCCUCGUUUUGGUGGGGCCAUUGAUGAUGCUGCUCGAUACUUCAAAGAUGCUUAUGACAGGGGUCUUACUCCAUAUGAGUUUGUCGAAGGCAUGAAGAAAAAGGGCAUUCGUGUACCUGGAAUUGGGCACAGGAUCAAGAGAGGGGACAAUAGGGAUAAGAGAGUCGAGCUGCUACAGCGGUUUGCACGAUCGAACUUCCCUUCCGUGAAGUACAUGGAAUAUGCUGUUCAGGUGGAGACAUACACCCUCUCAAAGGCGAAUAAUUUGGUCAUGAACGUUGAUGGUGCUAUUGGUUCUCUCUUCUUGGAUCUCCUUGCCGGAAGUGGAAUGUUCACCAAGCAAGAGAUUGAUGAGAUCGUGGAGAUAGGAUAUCUGAAUGGACUCUUCGUACUGGCACGAUCCAUUGGUUUGAUCGGGCAUACUUUCGACCAGAAGAGGUUGAAGCAGCCUCUGUACCGCCAUCCAUGGGAAGAUGUUCUGUACACCAAGUGAAGCGACAACGGUGGUUGCGAGUUCCUCAAAUUGUUGUGAUGAAGAAAUUUUCCUCAUGAGAGCGUUGCUUAGCUGUUAGAUUAUUGUUUGAAAGGAAAACGGAUGGCUCAAUGCCUUGGUUUCUGAGUUUUCAGUGUGAAGUCU